UUUAAGUUUCUAAAAAAAUUAGACUAAACGCGUUGAAAUAUUUGAAAUUUUUUAUCGCGAAAAAAAUUGUACGAUGACUGAUUUGCAGAAAUAUGUUGAUUUAACAGUCGAAGUAAUUACUUCCGAUGGGCGAGUUAUAGUGGGAACUUUAAAAGGGUUUGAUCAAACUACAAAUGUGAUCCUAGCUGGAUGUCAUGAACGUAUUUUUUCAGAAACUGAGGGAGUUGAAAGAGUGCCUCUUGGAUUAUAUAUAAUACGAGGAGACAAUAUAUGCUUGAUUGGUGAAUUGGAUCAAGAACGAGAUGCAUCUAUAGACCUUACUGAGAUUAGAGCGGCUCCUAUUACCGAUAUUUCUAGACGUUGAAUGAUUUUUUUUUAGAUUUCAUUUAAUAGAAAUUUUCUUUAUUUUUGAUAUUUGUAUAUAAC